AUGAAGCCGAAAACGUAUGAGAUUCUCAGCGCUGCUGUGCUCGGCUUCGGACAGCUUUGCAUUCUGACCGGAUACAAUGCAGAGGGCUUCAUUCUGGAAUCGGUGAUCCAUUCAAUCCACGAACGCAAUCCGUCGCUCAUCUCACAAUAUGCCGGAUAUUACGGGCAAGCGAUCUGCUAUGCUGGAUACAUGAUCACCUGCCUAUUUUCCUCGUCGCUCAUCAUUAUGACAAAUGCCAAAAUCGUGCUUUUCAUUGCUGCAAUCUGCUUCACACUAUUCCCCAUCGGAUUUCUGUUCACCAAUCAAUAUUAUUUCUUCAUCUCAUGCGCGAUUAAUGGAAUUGGAUUCGCAUUAUUCUACCAAGGGCAAGGUCUUUAUUUGGCAUCGCAUUCAACGAGAAACUCAAUCGAGUUCAAUGUCGCAGUUUCAUGGGCUAUUGGAAGCUUUUGUUUUAUUAUUGUAACGGGAAUUACCAGUGUGAUAACAUCGCUAGCAUUUGAUGAUAUUCCACUCCAAAACGAUAUUUCGUCGAAUUUCACAAAUCCAAAAUUUGAAAGAAAAUAUAGCGAUAGUGAAAUAACAUUACUUUUCUCGGUUUUUGCUCUAAUUUCCGCGUUGGGAUGCGUGUUCUUCGGGCUUCUACCCAACGAAGACGUUGAGAAUUGCAUCGAAAAUAGUAGUGCAAAGCAUGGAAGUCCAUUCGAACAAUUCAAAACAACGUGCAAAACGCUGAUCGAUCCCAACAUGAUCAAGCUUUUUCCUCUCUUCUGCCUCGUCGGCUCCAACAUCUCAUUAUUCCUCUCGAUUCUUCCAACCUCAUUCCAAUUCAAUAGGCAUAAUUCGCAUAUGAUUUACAUCCCUGCCGUUUAUAGUUUCGGAUUAGGUCUUGGCGAGAUUCUGAUGGGAAUUUUCAUUUCAAUCAUGAGCAAACGCGUCAAAGACUUUUCACUUCGUCCAACAUUGAUUGUAGCCGUCGUCGGAAUAUUCAUCGAUUCUACUAUUAUUCUAGCUUCAACCCCAUAUGAUGCUUCAAUGAGGCCGACAAAUGAGCAUUCUCCAAUAAUCAACCAAUCGUACUUUAUUAUAAUUCUUCUCGGCUUCAUCCUCGGAGUUGUCGACAAUUGUCUGAACACGGUUCGCGGUGUCAUUUGCACACUAUCAAUGCCGAAUCGGCGAUCUCAAGCCCAUUCUGUGUCUAAGCUGAUACAGGCGGGCACGUCUUGCCUAAUAUUUUUCCUGAGUCCCUCAUUGAGCAUUUAUUACUACACAAUUGGCUUCCCAAUUCUCGGCGUUCUAACCGUCCUCUUGUUCUUGCCGGUGUCGCGACGAACUCGAAAAAUGGAGAGACGAAUCACCACCGAGAAUUUGUCGAAAGCAUCGGCAAAAGUUUUGUGCUCAGUGGUCCUUGGCUUCGGACAGCUUUGCAUCAUGACUGGCUUCAAUGCAGAGUGCUUCAUUCUGGAAUCUGUGAUUCAUUCAAUUCACGAAAGGAGCCCCUCUCUUAUUUCCCACUAUGCCGGCUACUAUGGCCAAGCCAUCUGCUAUGCUGGAUAUAUGAUCACUAGCUUGUUUUCAGCGUCUCUUGUAACUCUGACAAUGUUUUACCAAGGGCAAGGCUCGUACUUGGCAGCCCAUUCGACAAGAGACACCAUUCAAUCAAACGUGGCAAUUUCUUGGUCCAUCGGAUGCUUCUGCUAUCUUAUCGGAUCUGCAAUUCUUGGAGGAAUCACAAUUUAUUCAGUUGGCGAUGUUCCAAUCGAAAAUGUCAUUUUGAAUGGAACUUUGACAAAAAUCGAAAGGAGAUAUACAGUGCGUUGCAGAAUUACAGGAAAACUUUUAUUUGGAAUUUUUGCAAUAUUCGCCGUAUUUGGAGGUAUAUUUUUCGGCCUUCUUCCCUCUGAAGACGUUGAGGGUUGUAUUGAGAGUGGAACGAAACGCGGAACACCAUUCGACGAAUUCAAAGCGACAUGUGCGACGCUGAUCGAGCCGCAAAUGCUCAAAUUGUUCCCGUUGUUCGCGCUGUGCGGUGCCAACAUGUCAUUCUUUCUCUCGAUUCUACCAACUUCAUUGCAAUUCAAUAUGAAUAAUACGGAAAUGGUGUACCUAUUGGCUAUUUAUAGCUUCGGCAUCGGAAUUGGCGAAAUUCUAACGGGCUUCUUCAUAUCAGCAAUGAGCAAAAAAAUCAAAGAUUUCGCCCUUCAACCCACAUUGAGCAUCGCGGUCGUCUGCUUGUGCACCUAUUGUGGUUUGGUGUUGGCGUCGACACCAUACGAUGCACCAAUGAGACCGACUCAUGAGCAGCCCCUACUAUUCCAGCAAUCGCAAUUGUUCAUUCUCAUUCUCGCCGUCAUUAUUGGAAUUGUUGAUAAUUGCAUCAACACGGUUCGCGGUGUCAUUUGCACACUGUCGAUGCCGAGUCGGCGAACUCAAGCCCACGCGAUUUCGAAGCUUGUUCAGGCGGCGAGCUCUUGCACGAUAUUCUUCAUCAGUCCAAUUCUCAAUAUUUAUUAUUAUACAUUUGGCCUUCCGAUUUUAGCCGUCUUCACGUCCUUCUUGUUCUUCCACGUGUCGAGAAGAACGCAAAAAAUGGAAAGAAGGAUCACCACCGAGAAUUUGUCGAAAGCCGCCGGCAAGUGUUGA